AUAAAUAAUUAAUAAUCUGUAAUUAAUUACUAAAUAAUUAUAAUAUAACAUGAAAUUAAAUAAUAUAACAUUGAAACUUAAUCAGACAUUUAAAAGGGGCAUAUACAAAGCGGAAGAAGGUGCUACCAAUUGCAAUACCAUACCCCUUAUAACGUACCUAAACCCAAAAUUAAACUCCAUCUGAAUUCUGAAUUCUCAAAACAUUAAACAUAUAUGGCAUCCAUAAUAGAAAUAAUGGAUGUGGAGUUGGGGAGUGCAGCCCUGAAUGGAGAUGUGGAUUUCCUUGCAGAGUGUGUUGAAUCCAAUAAACCGAUAGAAUACUACAUGACUUAUUUCCCCAAAAACAGUGAUAAAGGUGACCGUCGCCAUGGAAAUAUCUUCCAUAUGGCGGCGUACAAUAACAACGCAGAUUUUAUCAGAGAAGCCAUUGAAAUCUUACCUUCAGAAAACACACAACAACUCCUUAUACAACCACGGGAACCAAUUAACGGAAACCCUCUUCAUGUAGCAGCUCAACUCGGCAAUGUUGAAAUAGUAAACAUAUUCCUAGAUGUGUACAAAUGUUUACCAUCUUUACCAUCUGAUCUUACCAAACGACCUUGGUUAGUGGAGAAUACAGAGGGAGAUAAUCCAUGUAACACGGCUGUAAAUCAAUGUCACGAGGAAUGUGCUUUGGAAAUCGUGAAAAUGGAUAUAGAGUUGCUUUGCAAUAAGCUUGGUUCAAGUGACGCCAACAUACUUUACGAUGCUGUAAAUCGUAAAUUAGUCAGAUUUGCGGCGGAGAUCUUGAGGUCACCCCAUCCUAUUGGUUGUACCGGCUUCCAAGAAACCACUCCCUUCCACUCUCUACAUUAUUCAAAUAAAUCAGACGAAGCAGAAGAAAUAUGUCGGCAAUUGCUUCGAAGAAAGCCAGACUUAAUUAAACAACAAGAUGACAAUGGAAAUUCGGCAUUCCAUUUAUGGGCAAGUGAUGGUAAAAUGUGGCCAUUCGAAUGUAUUCUAGAAAGCAGUGACAUUAUCCCAGAUAUUAAGACGGUUUUCACAGACUUGGUCUCUACCACAAACAUAUAUGGUGAAAACCCUCUACAUAAUCUGGUUCAAUAUACAGCUAGUGAAAAUGAUGCCAUUAAAAUAGCAGAAUUGCUCAUAGAUACUUACAAGAAUAAGGAAGCAUCGAACGUCGAGGAAGAAGAAGAAGAAGAUGGAGAUGAAGAUGAAGAUGAAGAUGAAGAUGAACUUCCCUGGUUUGUGCAUGACAAUGGUGGAGAUACACCGUUGUCUUUGGCCAUAUCUCCUAAAUAUGAAAAUUUUGCAAUGUACAUAUUGUCAGUGGAUGACAAUGCAGUAAUUAAAUGUCAGAAGAAUCUUUUGUUCUUGGCUAUUGAGAACAAAUGUCAUCAACUUACGGAAAAGAUUUAUGAGAUAGUGAUUAACAAAGGAUGGACUCAACUUCUCACUAAUGAUCAGCAUAAUAUCUUGCAUAUUGCACCACUAUGCACAAAAGAGUUUUGUACACGACUAAUUGAAGAGAAUCCUGGAUUGCUAAAAGGAGUUGACAAGGCAGGAUUGACAGUACUACACACAUGGAUUAGCAACCCAGAAUUAUGGUUAUUUGAAUUUAUAUUGAAGAGCAAAUGGAGAAUUCCUUUCAUAAAACUGAUUGAUGUUGCAGAUUACGGUGAUAGAAACAACCCUUUUCACAUUGUUGCUAGUCUUGAAACUACCCCAGAUAACGAUACAAUCAAAGUUAUAAAGCUUCUUGUAGAAGCUUAUAAAGAAGAAAAUAUUAAUUGGUCUGUGAAUAGUAUGCAAUUAUUGCCAUGGUCUGCAACAAAUAAAAAGGAUGAAGGAUCUCUGCAAUUGGCCAUAAGCAAUAAACAUGAACAACUUUCAUUGUACUUAUUGUCACUGCAUGAAGAUGAUGAUAUUGAUAAUCUUCUAGGUUAUUACGAACCAGAACACUCUCUUUUGUUUCUUGCUAUACAGAACAAGUGCCCUCAAGUAGCCAAAAAAAUAAUGUCUAGAUUGGAUAAGGAAACUUGGACCAAAUAUCUAAAGGAUCCCUCUGAUGGCCGAAAUAUAUUGCAUCUCGCUCCAACUUUGGAAGAUACAAAGUUCGGGACAUGGCUAGUUGAUGAGGCACCAGAGUUCAUCACCGACAAAGACAACAACGAACAAUCACCUUGGGAUAAAGCAUAUGAAAUUGGUCCUGCAUGGUUUAUUAACGCAGUUCUGAAAAAGAAACCGUCUGUGUUUAGUAGUGCACCCUUGGUUUGGACGAAAGCAUGUGAGAAAGGUCACGUGUUAGCUCUUAGCGCCUUCGUCGACCAUAAUCCGGGAAAGUUUAGAGAUCUUUGUAUCAAACAUAAAGAUUCUCCUUUGCAUCAUAUAAAGCUUGAUGAAAGUUUAACUGAGUAUGAAAAGUUUCUCCAGAUUCCGCACAUGAAAGAUCUAAUCAAUCUUCAAGACUCUAAAGGGAUAACACCAUUACACAAAGCUAUACGAAGUGGAGACUUGUUGUUGACAGAAACAUUACUAAACAUGGAGAAGAUAAUAUAUGAUAUCGAGGAUGAUGAUAAUAUAUCCGCCAUGGAUCUGUUGGCUGCAAAAUGUGACGAGUCGUCUGAGGACAAGAACACAUGGGAUCGAAUGUGCAAAAGAUUUGGACUUGAUCCAAAGAUAAAUACGACAUACUUCAAAAGUAAGACGAAUUUACUAGAAGUGCGAAGCUCACUAUUCAUUGUAGCUGCUUUACUAGCAACCAUAACGUUCACGGCUGGAUUCACUAUCCCUGGUGGAUUCAAUCAAGAAAGUGGAGCAGCAUUGUUGGGAAAGAAGCCAGCUUUUCUAGUGUUUUUGAUAUCUAAUGCAUUGGCCUUGUUUUUUUCGAUGUUGGUGUUGAUUUGUCUGACAUGGUCCAUGGUUUUCGAUGCCAGUAAAUCAUUGGUAUUGAUUGAUCGAAGUAUGGUGUUACUCCGUUUAGCACUAAACUGCACCUUAUUGGCGUUCAUGACCGGAGUUUAUAUUGUUAUUGCUCCAAUGUCAUUGUGGGCAGCAAUCCUUAUUAUUAUCAUCAUCAGCGGUCUCAUCGGAAUUUCGGUGGACAAGAAUAUCUUGUAUAAUGUGCUAGAUAAGUUAAUCCCCUCUCCAAAAAAGAAGGGCAUAGAUCUAAUCCGAAAGCAGAAAUCGGGCAUCUCUAAUAAUGAGCAGGAUCAAUUGCUUAAUAAUCGUGGGCAGAACGAGAACUUAGACGCGAUAGUGUAAAGAAUGCAGUCUGAGGAUCAAUUCAAUAUAAUUACUUUCUAAAAAUGGAGAUUGAUUAGUUUUUCUUUUUGGUGCAAAUGAGCCACAAGGGUGGGGAUGAGAAUCGAUCUCAGGAUCACCUGGAACCGGGAUGGAAGCUCUAACCAACUGAGCUAUCCAUCACUCUCAUGGAGACUGAUUAGUUAUUGUUAACAAUCAUGUUUAUGCUAAACUUGUUUGUCACUUUGUCUAUGAAGUCAUAUCAACUUUUUGUGCUUUUCUAUUUGACUUGUUGGUGAAUGUUGAUCGUUAACUCAUGCUAGCUUACUAUUUUUAUUGUAAAUGUGACACUCGUGUGCUGUGCCUUUUUCCAAUAAAGAUUGUGACUAUUCGUGUUUUUA